AUGGCCACAAACGCGUCGGUCGCCCUCGACCUUCCUCCGCUCCCCAGUUACACGAUCUCCGUCCAGCAGCCUUUACUCGCGCCGAUCCCCGACAACAUCCUCGCUUUGCUACUGCCAAUUGUCGCAUACUGGGGAAUGUCCAUGAUCUAUCACUACUUGGACGUUAACAACUAUUUCGAAGAAUACCGACUUCACACCCCCGCCGAGGUAUUGAAGCGGAACCGCGUCACCCGAUGGGAGGUCGUGCGCGAUGUCGUUUUGCAACAAAUUAUUCAAACAGUAGCAGGCAUGGGCAUGGUCUACUUUGAUCCAGUUGAGACAGUUGGCCGGGAAGAAUACGAUAUUGCUGUUUGGGCGCAGAGACUGAGAAUUGCCCAGCGGGCCAUCCCCCCAGUGUUGGGUUUGAUCGGCGUUGACGCGGCCGGUCUAGCCAAAUCUGUAUCCCAGAACGGCCACACCCUACUUGCUGGAGCUCUGGCUGGAGGAUCCUACCCAAAUGUGAUGCAAUCACUGAUUCUCGACAGCGGGGUCGAGGUCGCUGCGCCCGCCUUUACCGGCUGGGAAAUGUCUUUGGCUAGCUUUCUCUACUGGUACUUUGUCCCGGCCCUUCAGUUCACGCUUGCAGUCUCCAUCCUCGAUACCUGGCAAUACUUCUUGCACCGGGCAAUGCACUUGAACCGUUGGCUAUAUGUAACCUUCCACUCGCGUCACCACCGUCUUUAUGUUCCCUACGCCUUUGGUGCCCUAUAUAAUCACCCCGUUGAAGGCUUUCUUUUGGAUACCGCCGGAACUGGUCUAGGUUUCUUGAUCUCCGGUAUGACAACCAGACAAGCGAUGUGGUUCUUCACUAUGUCGACUAUCAAAACCGUCGACGACCACUGUGGUUACGCCUUCCCUUGGGACCCUCUCCAGCACUUCACCUCCAACAAUGCCGCCUAUCAUGAUAUCCACCACCAAAGCUGGGGCAUCAAGACCAACUUCUCCCAGCCAUUCUUCACUUUCUGGGACCGACUCUUGAACACCCAGUGGAAGGGCGAAGUUAAACUUCGCUAUGAGCGUGCGCGUGAGACCGCACAGAAGCAAGUCGAGCUAGACACUACCAAGGCCGCCGAGGCAGCAGCAGCUGCUCCAGAGGAGCCCAGUCACGAGCCGGCUGUAGUCUCAUCUCAGGGGCCGGCAACUCGAACGCGUUUGCGCCGAAAGACUGUCGACAGUCUAAAAGGGCCAAGUCAUGCUGUCUCCAACAGCGUGAUCCACAAUUAA